CAAACAAAACACAUCGUUUUUUUUCUUCAUUCAUUUACGACGAAAACUGAUUGGUUUAAAGGUUACAAAAAUCCUCACACAUUUGUGUGCGAAGACAUUAAGGCGAGGAACAGAGUCAGUAGUGCACACAUUAGCAGCAGCCGAAGUUCUUUUUUUUUUUUGUAAGAAAAUCGAAGAAAAAACCCAAUUGGAUAGAAGAAAAAAAAAACAUCACGACAUACACGACUCAAGACGACCGAUAUAGAGUGAAAAAAAAAAUGAAAAUGAAGUAAAGAGACAAGAGAAAAUGAAAUGUGAAAAAUAAAAAUCCCAUACAAUUGAAAAUCGGAAUAGCUAAGAAUAUGGUGGCAGCAAAUUUGUGUCUAGGAUUGAGCAGUAACUUCUAGAUCGAUAUAAUUAAUAAGUGAAUUUGUUAAGUGAGUGCUCAGUUUGUGAGUAAAACGAUAUAAAUUACCAGAACGAGGGAGAGAACGAAAAUUAAUAGGUUAGGGCAAACGGGAGAGAAGAUGUGUUUUUAUUUAACAAUCGUGUGCUGUGAUUUAUUGUGAGGUGAUUCUAAUUGCAGUGUGUCAUUUUUCUAACACGAAUCGUAAAAAUUUCGAAUUCUAUCGUUUGUGUGUGCAGAAAAUUAUGAAAGAAAUUUAAUGAUCGGCUACCGCUUAAAUUCACAAACUCUUGAUCAAAUUCAAUCACAACACACAGUCAAAGAUUUCCUGGCAAUUCCGUAUGUACGUGUGUUUAGAUGCUGCUGCUGCUUGCCCGCUUCUGCUAUUGCACUUUUCUUGUGCAGUGCGAUAUUGCUGGGAGAGACAGAGAAUUUACUGCUUAAAUUGAACAAAAAUCCAAACAAUUUGUGUUGGACAUUUGUUCGCACCGAAUUGAACGGAGAUUCAUUCUCCGUUCAUUUGAAAUAAAAUCAAACUGAAUUGUUCUCAAUAAAAAAAAUGAACAGGAAAAAAGUGAACGGUCCGGCUGCAAAAGGGAACGUACAGUCUUUACAAAUCAAAGGAAAAAAUGAAUGUGACAACAACAGUAACAGUACCGAUUCUUUCGAUAUGAAUGAGUUUAAGUCGACUUCCCUCACGAAGAAAUACAGUGUGCAAGUACACAAAAACAAUGCCGAUCUAAUGGCUGAACUCAAAAGUAUCAACAUCAUGGGCGAUGAAUCGGAUGUCGAAAUGAUUGAACCGAAUACCGAACAGAAUGGCUUGAGUGUUAGUGCAAACGGUUCGAAAGUCAUAAGUGUUAGUACAAACGGCUUGAACACAACACACUCAAGCGAUGAUCGGGCCAACGGUGAAUUUGAAUGCGACAAACACGAACGCAUAUUGGCUUGGGCGCAAAGUCAAUCACAAAACUUGUCGAUGUGCGUUGCAUCGGUGCUGUCAGAUCAUGAUUAUUUGUCACAAGAGCACCUUCUCGGCAUAAUUGCAAGCAACGAAGAGAAUACCGAAUUGGACAAUCAACGCGAAAUGAACAGUAGCAACGCUGCCAACGGUGAAAAAGAGCACUCCAAAGAACAGAAUGGUGACGUAGAAAAGGGAAGCACUAAUAUUCAAAAUGAAACGAAUGGCGCAACAACAACAACAACAACAACAACAACAACAACAACGACGAUGGCGACGCAUUCAAGCAACGAAAAGCUAACCUCAAUCAAUGUCGCUGAUUUGGAUAGCAUUUUGAAACAACUCACCAGCAGCAAAGAACGUGCACAAAGUUUAUCUUUACUCGAACAAAUCGAAGAAAAGGCGAAACAAUUGAGAGCACAACUCAACGAUGAUGCACAGACCAAAAAAGCCACCGAAAAUAAAUCGACCGACACCAGUCCAGAAUUUUCACCAGGCCAUUCCGAACCAUUGGAAUAUUAUGGCGGCAUCAAAUUUUCCACGCAAAGCAGCCCCGAUGAUGCCAAAGAGAGUGAAGGUAAUAGGGUGCUUGAAUUGCGAUCCGAAUUAAAAGCCGUUGAUGACAUUGCCAAUCGAGUUUCGAUCGAUGCCACAUCAAUUCGAACGAAAUUAACGGACAUUGAAAGUCAAUCCGAAGCUGAACGCGCACAAACAAUUGAGAAAUUGCGUGAAAAUCUGGCACUUCUCGUUGAAGAUAUGGCUCAAGAGCUCACAAAAAUGGCAAUAAAACUCAAUCCCAGCAAAGCAUCCGAAUCAUCUGCUCAGAAGGCACGAGACCGAAAGUCAAAGAGCCGAUCGUUGAGUGAUUCAAGUGAUGUGGACAGUGAUCAAAGUAAGUCACGAAGAAAAUUGCGCAAAUUGAAACGCCGUCGAAAAUUACCGAAAAGCCAAGCGGGACAUUUGGAUUCAACGACAGAUCUGAGUUCACACUCUGAGGAUAUGGCGGACAAAGGCACAAUGAAUGUGAAAGAUGAACCAUUUGUCAUUUCACAAAACAUUGACGAUCUCAUGAAUGGAAAUGCAAGCAACAGUGCCAACGAAUCGAUUCGGAAGGAAAACGAUUUCCUCGGUUUUGACAACGAUGAUGAUGAUGGUGCUGAUGGAUUUGAAAUCGGUAUCAAGACUGAGUUGAACGACACAUUAGGAAGCGGCAAAGAUGCGAGUGAAAGCAACAACGGCCCAGACGACAAGGAUGCCGACAGCGAUGAAAGCACAGAGAUCAUCGAUCAAAAUAAACAAUCCCAAGUUGGCACGGAGCAGCCAACCGAAAACAGUGCAAUAGCAAAUAUGGAAGUCGAUGCGGAUCGUUCAUCGAGUGUGGCGAGUGAUAAUAAUGACGAUUUGCUUGACGAUGAUGAAGACGAAGAUGAGGAUAUUCGAAAACUUUGCGAUUUUUCAUCGAUUGCAAGCAAGCGAAUCGCAUCGACAAAUGCCGCUGCUAAGGUGAAUGGAAUCGUUGAGCCGAAAAAACCGGAACCGAAGAAAAAAGCACCAAAAGAAGAUGGAUUGGAAAAAAUUCUAGCCGAUUCGCUAGACACCGAAAGAAUGGGUGGAGACAGUGAAGAUGAGAAAUCGGAUGGCGAGGAAUAUACGGAGGAGCAUUUUUUGAAAGAACAAAACGAGCAAUAUAAAGAGCAACUUUUGCUCACAAGUGAUUCAGAACUGGGCUCCGAUUCGGAUCGAAGAGUUAACGGCGAUUUUGACUCUGAAUCAGAUUUUGAUCGAUCAUCCAACUCGAAUCAGUCACUGGUGUCGAAAUUCUUGGCCGAUGAAUCAAAAGAAAGUGGUGAAAAUUCGCCGAACGAAGCAAAGAAAGAGGAAAAGCCAAAGGAGAAAAAGAAGUCGGCCGAUUCAGAGAAGCAAGCAAAGACCAAAGAAUCAUCACCGAAUAAAAAUGCGUCCGAAAAAAAUGAUCAAUUCGAUGAAGAAUUGGAUGCCAGUGAAUUCGAAUUUGACGAGAGUGAGUCGGGAAGUGUUUCGGAAGCACCGAGAAAGUCCAAGUCAAUGGUCGGAAAAAAUGUGUUUAGCAACAUUGAAAAGGAGAAACACAUUGUGAUCCCAAGCGAUGAGGACGAUGGUAGCGGCAGUGAGUCGAAGAAAAAACGAACAAGUGAUAAACGAAAAAGUGAUGCUGAUUCAAGUGAAAAGGAUUCUGACAUCCUUGACACCACCAUGUUCAAAUCAAAUAAAAAAGACUACACACACAAUCAACUGUCGAGGCGAUUGCAAGCAAGCCAAAAUAAGCAGAGCACAUCCCGAAACUCGCCGGAAUGCAUCAGCGUUAGUUCGGAUGAUUUUGAAAUGGAACCUCCAUCGGUCGAGAAGAAAAAUGGCAACAACAACGACGAUGAUGAUGGCGAGGAAAAGGAGAAACGAGUCAAACGAAAGUUGCUGAGCCAUGAUCAAUUGGCCGACGACACAAAAUUGGCUCAACGUGAAGAAUCGGAUCGCAUAAAAAGAUUGGAUAAGAAAAACGAACGGCUAUCACAGUACAUGGAAUCUCAACGACAAACACAAGCCGAAUCACAAGAAGAUAUUGAUCCAAAUGCAGUGGUAUUGGAUUUCGACACGAAAAAAAAUGAAAAAAUCGUUGUUCAUGCCGAAAUUACGAAGCACUUGAAAGCACAUCAAGUUGAAGGUAUCAAGUUUAUGUACGAUUGUUGCUAUGGAAGUGUCGACAAUUUGGAAAAAUACCCGGGUUCUGGAUGUAUAUUGGCCCAUUGCAUGGGUCUUGGAAAGACACUACAGCUCAUUACAUUGCUGCACACCGUCAUAUGCUAUCCGCAAUUGAAAACCGACAAAGUACUCGUCAUUUGCCCAAAGAGCACCGUCAUGAACUGGAAAGAGGAAAUCGAACGGUGGCUUGGUAACAUCAAACACACUCGGAGGCUAAAGCUGUUCCAUUUCCCUGAAACAUCUGACAUCAACGGAAAGCUUAAGACGCUGAAAGAAUGGAGUCAAUGCGGAAAGGCUGGAAACAAACAGGCUGGCUGCUUACUGUUGGGCUAUGAAGCGUUCCGAGUGCUAGUGUUUUACCAUAAAUCGAAGAAGAGCCAGCAGUUGUACACCAGCACUGAGUUAGAAGAAAUGCGCAAGAGAGUUCAUCAGUACUUGCUGGAUCCUGGAGCCGAUCUAGUCGUUUGUGACGAGGGUCAUAUGAUCAAAAACCAGAAGUCCACAACAAGCACAGCCGUCAAUCUGAUAAAGACAAGAAGACGCAUCGUCCUCACUGGCACACCCAUUCAGAACAAUCUCAAAGAAUACUAUUCGAUGGUGAACUUUAUCAAACCAUCGUUUUUGGGAACCGAUAAAGAAUUUGCCAAUUUGUACGUGAACCCCAUUAAAAACGGUCAGCACAAAGACUCAUCGAAGAGCGAAAUCAAAUACAUGAAGCAACGCUCUUAUGUGCUGCACAAAAAACUAUCGAAAUUUGUUCAAAGAAAAGAAGCAGCUUUGUUGAAAUCAUUCCUGCCGGAGAAAUACGAGUUCGUUCUGUUCAUUCCGAUGACGAAAAUACAGACGGAUUUGUAUGAAUUUUUCUUGGAAAAUCGACCAAAUCAAGAGCAAAGAGGCAAAAAUUUGAUUCCAGACUACACGGUUUUGCGAAAAAUUUGGACUCAUCCAAAAGUAUUAGAAAAUGCAUACUUAAAUGCAAUUCAAAACAAGACCAAAGUGAAGCCAACCGUAACCGCUGGCAAUGACAGUGAAGAUGAUCAGCCGGAUGAUGUGUUUGACAGUCAAACGGGUCAAAUGUCUGUGACUAGCGAUUGGUGGCGAUCACAUCUCAGCAAAGAAGAUCUUGAAACCAUUUUACCGAGUAAUAAGCUGAAGGUACUGUUCGAAAUACUCGACCAAUGUCGACGCAACAAGGAGAAAUGUUUGAUUUUCUCGGCAUUCGUGGCUGUAUUGGAUGUUGUUGAAUUUUUCAUGCGUUUAAUUAAUGAACAAGAGAAAAGUGGCAACAAACCAGGGCUCGAAAAGUACCGUGGUCCAUGGGAACUUGGCAAAGAUUACUAUCGAUUGGAUGGUAAAACGGCAAAGAAUCACCGUCACAGCAUGAUCACGAAUUUCAAUGAUCCGAAAAAUGGACGAACUAGGGCAUUUUUGAUAUCGGCCAAAGCAGGCGGUCAAGGAAUCAAUCUUAUUGGUGCUAAUAGAGUAGUGUUGCUUGACACCUCAUGGAAUCCAUCAAAUGAUCAACAAAACAUUUUCCGUGUAUUCCGGUUGGGACAGAAGAAAAUUUGUUACAUCUAUCGACUUCUUUCGAUGGGCACCAUGGAAGAGAAAGUCUAUUCACGAUCAGUAACCAAACAAGCGAUGAGCUGCCGGGUCGUCGAUGAACAACAAAUCGAUCGUCACUAUAAUCUGAGCGAUUUGACGGAACUUUACAGUCUGACAAAGCCAAAUAUGCUUGAGCGACCCACACCAAAUGUACCGAAAGAUGAUUUACUCGCGCAUUUGCUUAUGAAAUUCCCCGAAAUGGUGUACAAAUACCACGAACAUGAUUCGCUGUUGGAGAACAAGGGCGAAGAGGAGUUGAGCGAACAAGAGAAAAAUGAUGCAUGGGCUGCGUACGAAGCGGAUGUUAAACGUAAGAAUGAAACGAAUAUGGGUCCAUAUAAUAAUAAUUUCGGCGGAAUGUUACCAAAUUAUUCUGGACUUGGAACGUACGCGAAUUCAUUGUUUAAUAAUUACAACAAUUUGUCGAGUCUAAAUUAUCCGUACAAUAUGUAUGGCUCAUAUAAUCCGUAUACCAGUGAUUUGAUGCGUUUCGACAAUUAUUCACAAUUUUACAAUAAUCUUAUGAAUGUUGCCGGCACAUCGAUGAGUAAUUAUAAUCCGAGUACGUCGAGUUUGUUAUCGCCAAAUCAUCCAGUGUCCGUGUCGAGUCCGUCACCGAUCAUAAACAUGAAUAGCUUUUCGACUUCGUCGCCGUCGUCGUCGUCGUCGUCGUCGCGAAAUUGGAUGCAACCGACUGCAUCAUCGUCCACCAACUACGCGAAUAAUCUUUUGUCAUCUCUCGCGCAAUCGUCUUCAUCGUCAAAGAAUAGCUAUUCGUCAUACUUAAAUAGUCUAUAUAACGCAUUAGGCACCAACAACCCACCGUCAACAGCAGCAGCGGCAGCAGCAGCAGCCGCAGUAGCAGCGAAUGCAUCGUCAUCGAAAACACCGCCACUGGGUUUGCCAGCUGCUGAUUUCAAUUCGUUACAAGCAUAUCUACAGAAGCAACACUUGUCAAAUAUGGCUGCAUCCACGAAUCCGAUUAGUAGCACGACAGCGUUGCCAAGCAGUUCGAGUGCGCAACAAGGGCCCAAUGCAAAACGUAACCCAUUGCUCACAAAAGAACUGACAAUUCCUCGCAAUCCAAUCAUGGCGAAUUCAAAAGAUAUGUUCAAUUUGCCCAUUCCGACGCCGGUCAUCACCAAAUCGGCAAUUUCACCGGGUAGCUCCAAUCAAAGCGACGCGAGUAAAUCAAGCAGCAAGAGCCCAGAUAUAUCAUCUUCCAUCGAGAAAUCCGCAUCGAAUCCAACAAAGAAUGCAGCCGUUAUUGAACCACUGAUAACCGUGAAAACAAUCAACAGCAAUGCAUCACGCGAUUCACCGGACACAACCGGAAGCAAAAAAGUGCAAAGUAAACCGACAACAUCCGUAAGUAAUGGUGUAAGUUCAAGUGUUGACAGCACAAAACAGAAAAUAAAUAACAAAAGCGCAACGACUGUGACUCCAAUUUCAUCGAAUAUGGGAAUUGUGUAUCCGCCACAAAAACCAACUCAAGACGCUUCAACAAGCAAGGGCACACCGAGUUCAGCAGCUGUUUUGAUGCCAGCCAAUAGUGCAAACGAAAAACCGUCACAGAAUUCAGUGUCGAACACAUCACAGCCAAUGCCAGCGAUCAUUCGAAAGCCUGGGCUAAAUGUAACAAAAACCGGUGAUCCAACGAAUGACGCAGUGGCAGCGAUUAACAAAAACAGAGCUCUAACAGUGACAGCGCGAAGCAUCACAUCGCCAGCAUCAAAAGUUGUUCCCGUUGCUGGUGUUAAUAACAGUAUUACAUUGAGUCCAAUUCCAAAUUCAGCCACCAAAUUCACCGGUGGCGUAACCAUCACACCGCAAGUGAGUCAAACCAAAACGAGUGGCUCAACGCAGGGUCGUACGCUCAGUCCACUUUCGAAACCAAAUUCGUCGUCUCCGAUACCCAUCGCCAUAUCGAAAAUGGCUUCUGUCAAUCAAACGAUCACCAAAUCGCCGACACCGCUAGCAAAGCCAAACGUGCUAAGUUCUCGCAAUGUGAAUACAGUAAAAACCGUUGUUUCGGUGCCGAAAACACCAAAUGCCGCGUCACCAGUUCCAAGCACCACACGCAUAUUGAACAGCAAUCAAAGCGUAUCACCAAAAAGAGUUGUACAACGAACAUCACCUGCACCCGGUUUCAAGCCGAUAAUUGCACAAACCAAAGCACAAUUACAAGCUACUCAAUUGGGAAACAAAGCGGCGAAUAAUUCGAGCAUGCAAAUCAAUCGAGUACUCACUCCGGUGAAACCAGUUCAAUCAACAGAUAAAAAUCAGUCUCUGAUGCGACCGCGAAUCAUUGGCAACCAUGCCACCUUAACCACAAUUGAUGCACGAAAGAGACCGGCUACCGAUUCCACUCCCGUUAUACUGGCAAAGAAACCAAAACCGCUGAACAGCAAUUUGAUUGCAACGAAUUCGACAGUGAGGGUUUCGCCAAAACCAACAAAUUCUUUGGCCGGCAUACGGAUCACUAAGCCAACGUCUCAACAGGUCAAUUCACAAAAGGCUAACUCACAGAUUGCCGUGCCCGUGGAAAUUGUAGAAUUGGAGUAAGAUAAAAUACUAUUAAACGAAUUUACGCAAAGCGACAAUUCGUUCGAUUCGAAUGAAUUUGCAAGCGAUUAGAAAAAAUGGUGCUUCAUCAUCAGACUUGUAUUUUAAAGAGUGAGGUGUUGCUUUGAAUGUUGAAAAAAAAAAAACAUCGAAAAGACUUGAAAUAUUAAGGAAGACGACGAAUUAACCAUAGAUACAAAUUAUUUUCCAUCUUGACUUGAGAUGACACGCCAUUGAUGUUUUUUUCCUGAAAAAGAUAAAAUGAUACAGGACCUACAUUGCAUGGGCAUUUUUAUUUGUCUAGAUACAUUUCUUCCUCUCUUUUGUUAAAAUAACAACAAGAAAUAUUCAACCGAAGAAAGAAAAAAUGAUGUAAAUGAUAGACAUUAGCUGAUAUCUGCGAAUAUUAUAUUGCUAAAAUGCCAUAACAAAAAAAAAAGCGAAAAUUUGAUUUUUGCUCCGUUUUCCGCCACAUACUUGAUUUUCUUUACUAGUUAAACAGAAGAACGAAAAAGAAAAUUCUUGCAAACAAAAGUUCCUAUCGAAUGGAAAUAUUAAUGAAAUGGUUUUUUGUUUUCCACAUAAAAAAAAAAAUCGUCAAGUGAAGAGAAGAAAACACUAAUUAGCUACUAUUUCGGUAUAAUUUGAUUUUUUUAUAAAAUGAAAAAAGAAAAUGGAAUUUCUCUGUGAGAAUGAAAAUGGUCUAAUUUAAAUUGCUAAACAGAUAAACAUUUAAUCAUAACAUAGAAUUUAAGAAUUCAGAUCAAAUAAAUGUCUAUUAACCAAUUCAAA